AACAAGAACUCGUGGAACCAACACCGCAGUGUACAGAGCUAAAGACAAGAGUGUUACCACUAAUAUCGGGUCGCCUUCAUCCAUCACUAACUUGCAAGAAGCUCCAGACGAACUCUCUUCCUCGGUGAAGAGCAACGCUCAAGAAUUCAAGGGCAUAUCUUGGUACAAAGAUCAUCCUCUUCAAGAAGCUGUUGCUGGCAAUCAUGUCCAAGUUCUUCACCACAAUCUCACCAAAUUUUGGCUGCUGAAUAAAUUCUCCUAUGCUCGGUGGAUCUUAUAUCCAUACCUCGCCCUGGACCUGGUCACUGCCGUCUCUGUGUACUUCCUUCAGUUGCUCCUCUGGAACACACAUGAUAUCGAAGACGUUUUCAGCGGGGCUACGUGGGCCCAGGUGACUGAGGUCUACCCAAGUCUCUGGUCUGAAAACAGCGACGUGCAGCCUGUCAUGGAAGACGUGCGAGCCAUUGCCGAAAAAGACCCUCACUGCUCUUCCUGGGGGUCUAACAACUCAUCUUCCGAAGACAUCCUCAUGGAGGUCGGGACGUCGUCUUGGAACCGUUCAGUUUGCGCCAUUUUCCACAUGGAAAAAAAGUCCUCCGUAGUCGUAGGCAUGAAAGUAUGGAUGGUCAUCCUUUUUCUAGUUCAUCUCUUCAUAGAAUUAUUCUACCUCAGAAAAACGUCUCAGCCUGUCACUGACGUUCAUCGAGUGAGCCGAUAUCUGCGGCUCUUUCUGAUGCUGGUGCUCGUGCUUUGGUUCAGCAAAGCUGAUUUCUGGCUGGGCUGCAGGCAGGACUUUAUCUGGCAAAUGGGAGUGCUGGCUGUAUUACAGUCGUCAAUUCACGUGGUUUUAACUCUGAACAAAGUGCCUCGAUUUUCCGGCUUUAUGCCCGUUGAUGCAAUGCAUUUGUUUCGAUUCUCAUUAGCACUUGUACCUCUUAUUCUUUUCUUGCUCUCCUUUACCGUGGCCUUCCAUCUGCUUUUGACCAAAAACGCAUCGUUCAGUUCCGUUCCUGUUUCGUUUGUCAAAACGAUCACUUGGAUGUUGGGAGACCUUGGUUACGACGACACCUUCCAGGACGACCAAUCCCCGGUGAACUUCCCAAUCAUGACUCAUAUUCUCUUCCUAGUGUUUAUUUUAUGUAUUGGUGGUCUCCUCUUCAAUUUUGUGCUCGCCAGCCCAACAGAAAAGUUAUUGGAGCUCAGAAAUGAAGAUGACUUCAAUAGGGCUGUUGCACAUUUGCACAUUCAUUUACUCAUUGACGAGUGCGUGCCGCACAUGCGUAAACGUAACGCUCAAUCCCAUGUGAAACACAGUGGAAGCCCACGCCCUCAUCUCUAUGUCAGUUCUCAAACAAAUAAAAACACCUAAACUAAGAAUCAGGUUGAUUACCCCCUGAAAAGGAGAUAUCAUUCAUUGAGGAAAUGCUAAGUCAAGUCUCCACAACUAUGUUCAUUCCAUACCAUACAUUUCAUUACCUUUCUCCUAUAAUUGCAAAAAUCCGAGGCCAUUUGCCCCCUCAUGCAACGGGUAAUUUUCAAUAUUUUCAUGGCUACCAACAGUAUAUUUAACUUCAUUGAAAUCACCUUUGGCUUUGAACUAACAAACGAGUUGCCUUUUGCCUAACGGAUUAAAGGCCACAGAGAAAGCCGCAGACUUCUCGAAUCGCUUCAUAUAAACAAUUUGAAACAAAUAGGAAGCAAUUCUCUGAUUUUCAUUACAUUCGAUUUGAUUAGUUAGUUGGACUAAUUAACAAUUAUUUUAAAAAAUGUUUGUAUAUAAAAAAAAAUUACAUUGCUGGAAAUAUUUUACGGUCAAUCAUGAAUCUUGGCUAUAAGACAGGAAGAGCAUGUUAUUAUUGUGAUCAAAAAUUAGUGUAAUACAUAGUUACAAGAUUUUUAAAUUUACUAUUAUAAUGUUAUUAUCUGUUUUAUUUGUGAUUUUUCUGUGGUGUACUGCAAUACCUGCUGUACGUGAAAUGUUAACGUCACAACAACAAAUUCGGUUGGUUUGUGGGUUUACGUUUCUACAGAACACGUGAAAUCAUUUUAGUGUUGAUUAUUCAAUUUUUAUAGGUGAUUAGAUAAUAAAACACUAUUAUGACAUAUUUGUUAACAUGAUUGUUGAUUGGUUUAUAAGCUGAUAUGACUAAUAGUAAUUUUAUUACUAAUUUUGUGGGAACAAUUUUAAAAAUUUUAACUAAAUCACUUCGUUUCUGGUGACUGCGCUACUUAUAUUUUAAAUGAUUCAAAUUUUACUAAUUAUGAUGUGUUAUGUUGCUUCUGUGUGUUGAUCGUGAGACGGUGAGCGGCUAUUAGGAAAAAACGUAAAUUCUUAUUUUAUUAAGCAUUCAUGUCUGUACAUUUAGUUUUUCUUCGUUUCGAAUUCGUUUAAUAUGUUGAUUCAGUAUAUUUAAUCAGUGUUAAUUUCAUUUGUACUCGUGAAGUUAAAUCAUAAUACGCCCUCUAACUAUAUAUUUCAAAACCGUCAACUAAGUAAUAAAUUCGAUUUCUUGAGGACAUCGAUUUACUUAUAUAAGUAUGACGAAAAUAUUGUUCGGAAAGAGCCUGAUAAAAAAAUUUUAUAGCGUUCUUACUUUGAUUUAGACUUUAACUUCUAAUAUAUUACUUCGGCAUACUUAAUUGUUCCAUUCUAAUCAAUUUCAUGACACCAGAAGUAUGAAUUUUGGCAGUAUAAGAGUCGCAAUUAGCUACUUUAAGCGCAUUUAUAGCUACUUAAUUUAAGCGCAUUAAGCGUGGUAUUAGAGUUCUCUAUCAUGUGGUUAAUUUUCGUUCUGCGUUGAAGUUUUGCGCGUUUGAGUGCAAAAAUAAAGCUGCUAAUUAAUAGGGGCGAUACGAGGCAUAACCUACCGUGUCCUGAUAUUACCCGAGCCUUAUAUAGUUUCCAUUCGCACUGUUUCUUUUAAACAAAUAACUGUAGCAAUUUGCAUAAUUUUGGAUAUCUAAGUCUCCUUCUA